UUUUGCAUGUAACCAAGUCUACAGACAGUUUAAAACGGUUGUGGUAUUUGUUUGGCUUGGGUUAGAAUUAAAUCGCGCCCAUCGACCUCUACAUUCUGCAACCUGUGCUUAAUUCUUUUACUGCAAAGUGGAUUAAUCUUCGUAUUUUCAGAAAACGCUUCUCAUUUUUAACGUGAAGUGUUACAGCAAGCUAGGCAGGCCUUUCUUGCAACGAAGACCGAAUCGGCUUCAGUGGCAAAAUGGCUUGCGUUGCUACUUUAAAACGAAGCCUUGAAUUUGAUCCAUUGCACAGUCCGGCCCACAGCUUUCCAAAGCGACGCAGAUGUAUGCCAAUAACUUUAUCAGCUUCUCCGCCGCCAACAAAAGUGCAUCAAACGAGUAAUUCGCCAUUUUCGAGCAUUGCUCCGAAGUUAACCUCAGAGAGAAUAUCAGCCAGCAUUGCUAACGAGAUGAAAAGAAUGCAGAGGCGGAGACAGCUUAUUUUUCCAUCCACUUCAGCAAGUCCUCCUCCAGCGGCAUGUUCUUCUGCAGUCAAGCCUGAUGAUGUUCCAUCACGAUCCAGUUCUCCAGAACAUUCUCCCAUAAUGUCAGCUUCAUUCACAGCACUUUUGAACUCCGUCUCUCACAACAAAAAAGAUGUUCCACUCUUCACUUUUCGUCAAGUCAGUCUUCUUUGUGAACGCAUGAUGCGAGAGAGGGACGAAGAGGUCAAGGAACACUAUGACAGGGUGCUUAACUGCAAACUAGCAGAACAGUAUGAAGCAUUCUUAAAAUUCAACCAUGACCAGCUCCAUAGACGGUUUGGUAAUUCUGAAAUGAGUUAUGUAUCAUAAACGUGGAGAGAGCGAAGAAGGGUUUCUGUUUCCUGGAUUCUUGUGCAUUUUAUGUAGAAGUUACUCUUGAGCGGGCAAAUUCAAACCACCAUCUAUGAUCAGAAGAAGCAGACAGUGGAUUCAUGUUCCCAAACAUUCUUGAUUAUUUGACAUUAUGCAUUGUCAGGAAGUACAAGAGAAACUUUUCUUUUCAAUUCGACACUGAUAUAUGAGUGUGAUGGAUGAAUGAGUCUUACCUAGUGGAAAUCUAGAAACUUUUAUUUGGGGUUUAUUAUUCCCUAGUUUGUAUCUGAGAUUCUUAUUUUCUAAAUGUCAUGAUGUUGACGCUUUCCAAAAGCCUUGUUUUGUUUGUUUGGUGGGACUGGAGAUGUCUAGGAGUAAGUGUGUCAAAGUCAGUGUGAUUUGUAUAAAAUGGGGUCUCUGAAACAUUUGAAAUUUUUUUUUUUUUUUUUUCUUAAUAGCAGCUGACUUCAGCCUAAUCUGACUUCAAUCCCUAAUCAUCAUAUUUCCCUUUUGUUCAGAAUUUAUUAUAGUAAUGCUGUCUUAAUUUUAUAAUUAUUUAUGUGUCUUAUGACAAAUUCAUUAUACUUUAAUAGGUUUAUUAAUAUGUCUUAAGCUGAAGAAUGUGUAGCAGUAGUAAGAGUUAGUAGAAUAAAACAGCUUUUGACAACCAAUUAGCUGCAUAAGCAUAAUUGAUUUUGGAAGUCACUGAUGAUGAAAUAAACCAUAAAAUCUUUAAUAUACUACUUGUAAGCAGCUCAAUUUUGGUUUAUUACUUUCAUACUAGAAAAUGUAUUCGAGUUUUUCUUUUGGGGGCUAGCUGUUCCUCUUGAUCAAUAACAUCUAAUCUUGACAAAAGUGUACCCUGCAUGGAUCACUAUCAAGAUCUAAAGUAGUACUUAAGGCGUAGUGUACAUGCUAUUAAUGCAAUCAGCAUGCCUUGUCCUCGAUAUAAACUAGUUGCCAGUCUAGUGCAUUCAUUCAUGUGCACAUUCCAUGCAUUUUUAUAGGCAAACAUGGUUACUUUUUUUUUUUUAACUCUGUUUUACAGACCUUAAGUUCUGAUGCCAUUGCAUGCAGUGUUGCUGCUCUUAACACAUGGAUCCCAACUUUCAUUGCCAUUUUGCAGAUAUAGUGGGAGGAUUGCUUUGAAUGAUAAAGACUGUAUUGUCACUUGAUAGCUGUAUAAACUAUUUUGGUUGUGGUUGUGCAAUAACGGAUUAUCAAAUUAUUCCUUAUGUGUUGAUGAUGAUGAUGAUAAAGCACAGUAUAUCAAUUUUUAGUGACUCAGCGCUGUUGGGACAACUUUAGGUUAUAAAAGAUAAUCCGAAUCUUCCCCUGCAUUCGUGGUAUUGACAUGCAAGAACAAUUGCACAGAAUGCGUGUCUUCGUGCAUAUUAAGGUCUAGAUGAGUUCUUCAUUUACAUUCUUUCAGACAUAAACAAUACCAGUUGUGGUUUAUGCUCCAAAUUAGUUUUGUACGAUUGAAGGGUUAAGAUCCUGUGGCUGAAUAAUCUUACCUAACUGCGAGCAUGACCUGGAUUGGUACUAGUUAAUAGCAGUUCUCAUGAGAGGAUGGAUUGAGGUUCCAGCAUGGCACAAUUAUUGUAAAGAAUCUAGUGGCUGGGGUUUUUUUUUUUUUUCAUGUUAGUGUUUACUGACCAGCUAUUGAUUUAAGCAAAAGUAUUUACAUGUACAUAAAUUGAGCUUUGUGAAUACCUUGAAGCUUUGACAUUUAUUCAUGAAAUAAUUUCUCAUCAGAAAGCUAGAUAUUUGUUGCCCUCUGAAAGGUUUGUAACUCUUGGCAAAAGCAAGUGUAAGAUUAUUGUAAGCUGCUGUUGAUUGCAUGUUUCAGUUUCUAAUAAACUUUUUAUUUGUA